UUGUGUAACGAACCAAAAAUAAAUCCCAAAACAAAACCUGCUUCAAGUAACAAAUUAACCAACACAACCAACUUUUUAACCCCCUCUCAAAAAAUUCAUUAAAACCCCACAAAUUCCUAUAGAAUCUUGCCGCAAUAAUUUACAACAAAACCAACGAUAAAAGAAGACCCAACCAUGGCUAUACCAGUAAUUCUAGCAGUUUUCACGGCUCCAAUCAUCGCAAUGGCAGCUAAUUACACUUCACUCGUCACCUUCAUCUUUGGUGAUUCUUUAACAGAAGUUGGCAACAAUAACUACUUGAGAUACUCACUCGCUAGAUCAGAUUUUCCCUUCUAUGGCAUCGAUUACCCCAACCGAAUACCCACUGGCCGCUUCAGUAAUGGCCGAACCAUUGCCGAUAUUAUAUCUGAGAAGCUUGGAAUUCCAUCUCCUCCACCUUACCUUUCGUUAAAUCGCCAAGAUGAUGCGGUCUUGAAAGGUGUUAACUAUGCAUCUGGUGGUGCUGGGAUUCUGAAUGACACCGGAAUCUAUUUUAUUGAAAGAAUAUCGUUUGACGAUCAAAUAGGUUGUUUUGAGAACACAACAAGGGUGAUCAAGAAGAAGAUAGGAGAAGAGUCUGCUAUUAGUCUUCUACAUGAGGCCAUCUACUUCAUUGCAAUGGGUAGCAACGAUUACAUCAACAAUUUCUUGCAACCGUUUCUUCCCUAUAGUCAACGGUACACCCACGACGAGUUUUUGGGGAUUUUGGAGUUGAAACUAGCCGAGCAGUUAACGAGGCUUUACUUGCUCGGGGCACGAAAGGUGAUAUUUCUUGGGCUUGGACCUCUUGGAUGCAUUCCUUCACAACGAGCGAAAUCAACCACGAAUCAAUGCUUGCAACAAGUGAAUGAUUGGGUGGUUCAGUUUAACUCCAAAGUGCAAAAGUUGAUAAAUGUACUAAAUGUCAAGCUCAAAAAAGCACAACUUACUUUUGCGGAUACUUAUCAAGAUGGUAUGGAUUUGGUUGAAAAUCCGGGAAAAUAUGGUUUCAAGGUGUCCAAUACGUCAUGCUGCAAAGUCGAGACGGCUGUAGGAGGAUUAUGCUUAUCGUAUGCACAUGUAUGUGACAAUCGAAGUGAAUAUGUAUUUUGGGACGCAUUUCAUCCAUCCGAUGCUGCGAAUGUGGUUUUGGCUGAUCGCUUCUUUUCAAAACUGUUUGCUACGUCUAAUAGUUCGAGUAAUUCUUCGUCGAGUCAUGAGGGAUAAAAGUAAAAUUAUAUAUAUAUUUUGUACCUUACAAUAACAUGAAGGCCAACAAUUCAAACAUAUUAGAACCCUACAAAACAUGUUUGAUAUGUCUUUUUGUCCUAAUAUAUCCUUCAUUUGUCAAGGCAAAUUUGAAAUUAUGGUACAUUUUGAUGAAUAAGAACUCGUUCUAAUUGGAA